AUGUCAGGCCACAACGACUGGUUCCAGAGCUCCCGCGCCCCCAGCUUCGCUCAGAUGCUGAAGAAGAACCUGCCGGUGCAGUCGCCCAUGCAGACGGUCACCACACCCCCUGGAUUCUCGAGCCUGACCUCGAUGGCCUCCAAGGUCACUCCGGUGACAGGUAAUUUUCCAGAACCACUGCUUUCCAAAGGUCUUUCAUCUCUAUCAAAUCCUGUUCUCCCUCCGAAGAAAGUACCAAGGGAAUUUAUAAUGAAAUACAAGCGUGGAGAGAUAAACCCUGUGUCAGCCUUGCACCAAUUUGCACAAAUGCAGAGGGUUCAGCUUGACCUUAAGGAAACUGUAACAACUGGUAAUGUAUUGGGACCAUAUUUUGCUUUUUGUGCUGUGGUGGAUGGUAUUCAAUACAAGACUGGACUGGGACAAAACAAAAAGGAAUCUAGAUCAAAUGCAGCAAAAUUGGCUCUGGAUGAGCUUCUGCAAUUGGAAGAACCUGAACCAAGAAUUUCAGAAACAUCGGGUCCUCCUCCAAUCCCUGCAGAACCUAUUGUUUCACCUGAACCAGUAUAUGUUUCAAAAAUUCAUUAUGAAGGAAGAAAUGUUCAGUAUGCAAAAAUUUCACAGAUUGUUCAAGAAACAUUUAAUCAACUAAUUUCUAAUCAUUCAGAAUAUCUGAAAUGUAGCAAUUCAUUAGCUGCUUUUAUAAUUGAAAGAGCUGGACAGCAUGAAGUGGUAGCCAUAGGCACAGGUGAAUACAAUUACAGCCAGUGCAUCAGGCCAGAUGGACGAGUGCUGCAUGAUACGCAUGCUGUUGUCACAGCCAGGCGCUCUCUCCUCAGGUACUUUUAUCGACAGCUUCUGCUCUUCUAUAGCAAAAAUCCUACUAUGAUGGAAAAGUCAGUAUUUUGUACAGAACCAGCUUCAAAUUUGCUCACUUUUAAACAGAAUAUCAACAUUUACCUCUAUAUGAAUCAGUUACCUAAAGGGUCAGCCCAGAUAAAGUCCCAACUGCGUCUUACUCCACAUUCCAUAGCUGCAUUUGAAGCCAAUGAAGAACUGAGUCUCCACGUAGCUGUUGGAGGAAAGAUUUAUCUGACAGUCUACUGUCCUCCAGAUGUUAUUAACAGAGUCAGUAGUAUGUCCUCCAGUGACAAAUUGACCAGAUGGGAAGUGCUGGGUGUACAGGGGGCAUUGCUGAGCCACUUCAUACAGCCAGUUUACGUCAACAGCAUACUUGUUGGUAAUGGGAAUUGCAAUGACACGAGAGGCUUAGAAAUUGCUGUGAAGCAGCGCGUUGAUGAUGCACUCACUUCAAAACUCCCAAUGUUUUACUUAGUCAACAAGCCUCAGAUUAGUUUAGUUCCUUCUGCAUAUUAUCUUCAAACAAACUCGGAGUAUAAAACUCUGAGUUUAAAUUGGGCACAAGGGGACAUUUCUUUGGAGAUUGUGGAUGGUCUAAGUGGAAAGGUCACUGAAAGUUCCCCAUUUAAAAGUGGUGUGUCAAUGGCAAGCCGGCUUUGUAAGGCUGCUAUGUUAAAUCGAUUUAACCUGGUUGCCAAGAAAGCUAAAAAAGAUGAUUUACUAGAAGCUAGUACGUAUCAUGCAGCUAAGUGCAUGUCUGGUUCCUAUCAAGAAGCUAAAACUUUGUUGAAAUCGUACUUAGAGCAACAUGGCUACGGUUCCUGGAUUGUGAAAUCUUCCUGUAUUGAGCAUUUUAGUAUGUGA